AGUGUGACUCAGUCAAUGGGAACAAUCUUCUUCUUCCCCGUCCAUUUCUUCCUUGCUCAACUCGUCAAAUCACUGAAAUAAGUUCAUGCCCCCCAUGUUCCUUCUUCUGAAAUUGAUGGAAUUUACCCAUCUUUAACCAAAAAAGGGGGGAAAGAAUCAUAUAGAAUUAUGUACCUUCCAAGCGUGUUCUGUUUGUUCUUCCUCGCCGCCAUGUUUGCCGGAGCUGCUUCCAAACCUCUCGGAAAUUACUGUCCAAACAGCACUAUUUACACUCCAAACAGCACUUACCGGUCCAACCUCAACUCCCUCCUCUCCGCUCUCGCCUCCAACGCCACCCGUCCAAACGGAUUCUACAACUCCACCUUUGGCGGCGGAGUCUCCGCCGCCUACGGCAUGUUCAUGUGCCGCGGCGACGUCUCCGCCUCCGACUGCCGGGCGUGCGUGAUCGACGCCGGCGAACAGAUACUGAAGGCGUGCCCCGUCCAAACGGACUCCGUCAUCUGGUACUCCAAUUGUAUGUUGCGUUACUCCAACGCGUCGAUGUUCGGAAGAUCCGACGCGUCGUUCGGGCUGAUCAUCCGCAAUUCGCAGAACGAUUCGCAGCCGGCGAGGUUCAUGGAUUCGGUCGGGAACACGCUGAACGCGGUGGCGGUUGCGGCGGCGGCGGGGGACGGAUCCGGCCGGAAAUUCGCGACUCUGGAGGCGAAUUUCUCCGCCUUUGAGAAGAUCUACGCUCUGGGGCAGUGCACGCCGGAUCUAUCGGAAUUGGAUUGCCGGAGCUGCCUGACGCGCGGAAUCGGCCAGCUGCCGGGGUGUUGUUACUCGGCAAAGGGUGCCAGAACUGUCUACCCGAGCUGCAAUGUCAGGUAUGAGGUGUACCCUUUCUACAAUAACAAGCGGCGGGCCUCUACACCACCGCCGUCUCCUGCUCCUCUCCGCCCUGCUCCGUCUAUUCCACCGCCCCCCCUUUCUACCACCUUUGAAAGUGUGGAUGCAGGAAAGAAGAAAAGUUCAUCUUCCAAAGUGAUCAUUGCCAUUGUACUUCCGGUGCUUGGGAUAAUACUCUUCAUUGCACUCUUAUGUUGUUGUAUGAGAAUUAGAAAUGUCAAGAAAGGAUAUACAACUGCAGCACACCAAACAGAUGUGUCUGGGAUUUCAAGUGUGGAAUCAUAUGAUUUUAAUACCAUUCAAGCCAUUACAAAUGAUUUCGCCCCCGAAAGUAAAAUUGGUGAAGGUGGAUAUGGCUCAGUAUACAAGGCCCAGCUUCCCGAAGGACUAGACGUAGCUGUGAAAAGACUUUCGAGAUUCUCGGGCCAAGGCGCUCAAGAAUUCAAAAACGAGGUCGAAGUAGUUGCGCAACUUCAACACAGAAAUCUUGUGAGGCUGCUUGGGUUUUGCUCUGAAGGAGAAGAGAAGAUACUAAUCUAUGAAUUUGUUCCCAACAAGAGCCUUGACUACUUUUUAUUUGAUCCUGAGAAGCGGCGCCUAUUGGAUUGGCCAACGCGUUACAGGAUUAUAGAAGGGAUAGCACGGGGACUGCAAUACCUUCACGAAGACUCCCGACUCAAAAUCAUACACCGUGAUCUCAAAGCAGGCAACGUACUACUUGAUGAAAACAUGAACCCAAAAAUAGCAGAUUUUGGCAUGGCCAAAAUCUUUGGAGUUGACCAAACCCAAGGAAACACAAAUCGAGUUGUCGGGACAUAUGGCUACAUGUCCCCGGAGUACGUAAUGCACGGGCAGAUCUCCGUGAAAUCGGAUGUCUAUAGUUUUGGCGUUCUAGUUUUGGAGAUCAUAACUGGGAAAAGGAGAUCCAAAUUCAGUGAAUUGAGUGAAGCACAAGAUCUUCUUAGCUAUGUUUGGAAAUAUUGGAGGGAUGAGAGGCCUAUGGAGAUACUUGACCCUACCCUAGGAGAUUCAUACUCAAGAAAUGAAGUAAUCCGAUGCAUGAACAUAGGGUUGUUGUGUGUUCAAGAAGAGGUGGAAGAGAGGCCUACAAUGGCAAGCAUUGUUCUAAUGCUCAACAGUUACUCCCCGACACGGCCGAUCCCACACCAACCGGCAUUUUUCUACAGCAGUAGAUUGGAGACGAAAGACGGGGGGAAACUGUCGUUAAAGCAGUCGGCAAGCACUUCAGUUCCAGUGUCUAUAAAUGAAGUCUCCAUUACGGAGCUUUAUCCAAGAUGAAGGAUUUUGCCACUAAACCUAUCACCAUCUUCCUUUCUUUCUUCUUUUCUUAUUUGCGGUGAUAUCCACAUGGAUGGAUAUGAUGAUUUCAAAAUUCUUUUUCAUUCAAUCUUUUGGUCAUCGGGUCUUCUUCUUCAUCAGAUCUGAAGGAGUAAGUCUUGUUUUCGUUAGAUCUGAAAAUUGCAUAGAUUCUGUCCACCGAGAUAGAUGGUUGCCGGCCACUGCUGUUCAAUUCGUAUAGGAAGAAGACUAACUCGAGGUACUGACCAUUGAUUUCUGGUGCUGCCGGUGAUGAGCUGAAGAAGGACAAACUGGAAUUUAGGUAGGGUGGCCGGUCGAGAGAGGUGUUUGGUGGCAGGGAGGCUGGUUGAGUGGGGGAUGAGAGAGGGGUAAUUUGGGAAAGUCAAAUACAUUUUCACCUUACCU